ACCCAUCCCAUCCCCUUUCAGUUUCAGCCCCUCCCUAGUCCCUAUAACCACAACCCUUCUCAUUCUCCAAUUUCAUUCCACAACUAAAUUUCUGAUCAUGUUGGGGAAGAGGCCCCGGCCAAUGAUCGGAAAGUUGUCGGAAUUGUUGGUUCCGAGAGGCCGCGUGGUGGGCCUUUCCAACACCACUGGAAGCCCAAGAGGCCCGUUGGACCUCAAGAUGCAAUCGCCAAGAGGGUUAAAGAGCUAUGACCUUGGUGGCGUUGGUCUUGGAAUUGUGGUGGCUCUUGAUAAGUCCAGCGAGUGUGGACACGAAGUUUUGCCCAAACACGCCGUUUGUACCUCCAAUUUGAACCGAUCCGGUCCAAUCCCGGUUCACUGCGGCAAAAACUCACCCGAAAUUGACGUGGAGGAAUACACCUAUGUGACAUGCCAUGUACCUAAUAAAUCGUUCACUAGAGUAUAUUAUGAUGGCGGUGAGAGGUGUUGUAACAACAACAACAACAACAAGAACAACGUUGUUGUUCUCAAAAGAAGCACACCACAAAUUUUAAUUGAGCCGGAAUCAUCAUACCCCACAUCGAAUUUUCUUAGUUCGUGUCACUUGUGCGGAAAGAAACUGGAGGGCAGAGACAUAUACAUGUACAGAGGAGAGAAAGCGUUUUGUAGCACGGAGUGUCGUUCGAGUCAAAUAAUGAUGGAUGAACGGAAAGAACGUUGUAGGUCGGAAGCAUCAAGGUCCGUGGAAUUGUCGAGUUCAAGGGAACAAAUAUUUUCAACUGGGAUUCUUGCGCUUUAGCCUAAUAAACUGAGGCUAAGGCUACUACGUACAUAGUUAAUAUACUGUUAUUGACUAUAUGGAAUUAAUAGUAUAUAUAUAUAUAUAUAUAUGAAUAUGAGAUGAGAGUUAAGUUAAGAUAUAUAGCUUGAUCGGAAACCAAAACAAAAGUUUUGAUCGGCUAAAGGGUUCGGUUCAGUAGAUAUUUUGAUGUAUUUUUGUGUUACCAAGAACAAGGCAAAGAGUUAUGGAUUUUCAGAUCUCAGUUUCUGAAUUCUCUCUCCAAGGAAGAUAACUCAGGCUGUUUCUCA